UUGGUUUAGAUCAUAAAGGCCUCAACAAGAAGCAUGGUAAAGCUUAUAAUAAUUCUCCUAAUCGCUAUUCUCUUGCUUGCUCCAGCUGUGGACGGCUGGUUUUCAUCUACACCAAGCGCUUCCUCUAUCCGUAAGAAAAUAGUUGAAGUGGCCAACAGUAAAGUAGGCUCAACACACUGGUCCUAUGCAUCAUCCUGUUGCCAUGGAACAAACACAAACAAAUGCAACUAUUUUGUGUACGACGUAGGAAUAGAAGCAGGAGCUAAAAUGCCAACUCGGUCAUUUUUUCGUGGACCCGUUGGUGCAGGAGAGGGAGGUUGGGGAAACGCCUCAUCACUCGACCACUGGUACCGUGUGAGAAAACUCCUGCGUGAAUAG